AGCGAAUCAGGCAACUGUAGAAUUCAACACGGCUGCCUUGCACUGUCAGUAGGGGAGUUUUUUUCAACUCAGAAGCGGAGAGCUUUUCACUAUCGAAAUCCAGAGAGAAAUACAAUUUCGUAGUCUGGGCCUCUCAAGCAGACCGCAAUGGCUCAAUGCGUACAGUCUGUGCAGGAGUUCAUCCAGGACUCGUUUGUUCCAAUGGUGGCUGUCCUGUGCAGCGAAGAUGCGGAAAAAAUUACUCGUAAAAACAACCUUAAUUUCUCGGAGCUGUUAAGACCUUUCUGCCGGUUAACCUCCGAAGGUCACAUGAGGGACCCUAACAACCAGGUGCAGGUGGUGAAGAACCUUCGCAUCAGUGUAAACAAUGUGGUUACACGCCCGUCUGUCCCCACCUCCGGCGUACAUAGCCCCGCCCAGCGACGGCUCCUCAGCGAGGUGGUGUCGGCGAGCCAACCAGCAGAGGGGGGUGUGGCCAAUUUCAUCACCGCCGGAGACUAUGACCUUAAUAUUAGUGAUCGCUCUGUUAAAGCUAGCGUCCCCUGGUACAGUGACUGGAGGGAUACACUAACGGAACUCAGCACCUCCAAGCAUUAUACAGCCACGACUCCCUGGUUUGAGGCGUACAGGGAGAGCUUCCUCCAGUCAAUGCCUGCCUCCGACCAUGAGUUCCUCAACCACUACCUCGCCUGUCUGUUGGUGGUGUCGUCCAGUGAGGCUGUACCAGUGGAGCAGUUCCUCAAGUUGUCUCAGGAGCAGCACAAGAUUCAGCACAAUGGAGAGUACACCAACCCCAAGUGGUUCAUCCCCAACACACUCAAAUACUACGUCCUCCUACAUGACAUGAGCCAGGGGGACGAACAGAGAGCUGACUCUGUGUAUGAGGAUAUGAAGCAGAGGUAUGGUUCUCAGGGUUGUUACCUUUUGAAGAUCAACUCUCGUACAGCAGCAGCAGGAACAGAUGAACAGAUACCGGACCCAUGGAGCCAGUACCUUAACAAGAGCAGUCUGCAAAGCCAGGAUCAGUCUGAGGAGCCAGCCCAAACCCCUGUAGUGGUGAACAACACGGCUGUAGAGAACAACAUAGGAGGAGCACCCGAGAUGGACGGAGCACCAGAGAUGGACGGACAUGACUCAGCAGAGAAUGACGGAGUCUCUGUAAACAGUCUGGACAACACCCACCCUCUCCAGCUGGAGACUGCCAUUGACAUGCCCGGUAGCCUGGACUCCCUCAGGUCCGUCGCCGCGGAAACCAAGACUACGACAGUUUACACAGGAGUGGCGGCGGGCACCAGCCAUGGAGCAUGUCUUACGCUGAACGACCACAACCGCCUAAGACUAUUCAUCCAGGAAUUUACCUUCAGGGGACUACUACCUCACAUAGAGAAGAACAUCAGACAGCUCAAUGACCAGCUGGUCUCCAGGAAAGGCUUGAGUCGCUCUCUGUUCUCAGUCACUAAGAAGUUGUUUGGAGGAGGGAAAGUUCCAGAGAAGAGUAUCGCUGAGCUGAAGAACACUUCCGGCCUUCUCUAUCAUCCAGAAGCCCCUGAGCUGCAAAUCAGGAAGAUGGCUGACCUGUGUUUCCUGGUUCAGCACUAUGAGCUGGCCUACAGCUGCUACCACAUGGCCAAGAAGGACUUCUUAUCUGACCAGGCCAUGCUCUAUGCCGCUGGGGCUCUGGAGAUGGCAGCAGUGUCUGCGUUUCUCCAGGGUGGGGCUCCACGGCCGUAUCCAGCACACUAUAUGGACACGGCAAUUCAGACCUACAGAGAUGUGUGCAAGAACAAGGUCCUAGCUGAGCGUUGUGCUCUGUUCAGUGCUGAGGUACUGAAGAGUCAGGCCAAGUACUCUGAUGCUGCUACCCUCCUCAUCAAGAUGACCAGUGAGGAUUCUGAUCUGUGUUCUGCCCUCCUAUUGGAGCAAGCAGCCCACUGCUUCAUUAACAUGCGAAACCCCAUGGUUAGGAAGUUUGCCUUCCACAUGAUCCUGGCAGGACACCGCUUCAGCAAGGCAGGACAGAAGCGUCAUGCGUUGCGGUGUUACUGCCAGGCCAUGCAGGUGUAUAAGGGUAAAGGCUGGUCCCUGGCUGAGGACCAUAUCAACUUCACUAUCGGCCGCCAGUCCUUUACGCUGCGCCAACCAGAGAACGCUGUCUUAGCCUUCAGACACAUCCUCACCAACGACAGCCAGCAGACCGCCACACAGCAGGGAGCCUUCCUCCGGGAGUACCUCUAUGUCUACAGGAAUGUGCCAGGGGUGUGUGAGGUGGCACUACCCCAGCUGCCCCUACCCUGCAUCAACAGCUCUGCUACCAGGGUCUACUUCGGCCACGAACGCCGCCUGGCAGAGGGUGAGAAGCAGGCUGCCACCCAUGUGUCCUUGGACCAGGAGUUUGACCAGGACCUAGCUGCCGUGUGGCAGGACCUCGAGGAACAGGUGGUUGCCGCCGCCAACCGUGGGGUUGUCCCGUCAACCUUCUACCCUACCCAGUGCUGCCUCAACAGUCAGACGGACAAUCUCCACUUCCCGCUGGCUGUAGUAGAAGAACCCAUCAUAGUUGAGGUGGUGUUCCGGAACCCUCUAAAGGUUCCGCUGGUUCUCUCAGACCUCUCGCUGCUCUGGAAGUUCACGCUCAAAGACUUCUCUCGACCACAACCGCAGGACAUCAUGGUUGGAGACGCUGUCACCAUCACCAAUGAGAAGGAGGCCAUCGCUCCCAGGACAGUGCAGAAAGAUGGCAUCAUCACCACAGAAGUCAUCCCAGAGUUCUUCAUGAGUCCCGAGGAGACAAGAGUGGCUCGUCUGAAGCUGCUUCCUCGCCAGACUGGUCAGCUCACCAUCCUGGGUCUAGUUUAUAACCUGGCCUCCACCUCUUCUACUGGAGACUCUACUAUUAACAGCAACAGUUUCUCGCAGAACCAAGGUCCCUCAGCGACUGCGGGGACAUCGGUUCGUGGUCGACAGGACCUAGAGAUUCAGGGACCGCGGUUAAACCAGAGCAAGGAGGAGAAGACCUCUGUCAGCCACGGUCCUGACCGACGUCUUGACCCCACCAUCACCCCUCCCAUGCCCCUGCUGGAGGUAUUCUUCCUCCAGUUCCCUACUGCCCUGCUAUGCGGUGAAAUCAGGAAGGCCUACGUAGAAUUCUGUAAUGUGAGUCACGUUCCCCUGUGCGGCCUGCGGGUGGCGUCCACGCACCCAGACUUCUUUACCUUCGGAAGCUCCUCCCUAGCCACACCCCUCACCCCCCUCAGCCCCACCUCCUUUGAGAACUGUUCUGCCUACAAGACCCUGGCCACACCCCCAGGAGCCACGCCUGGGUCGGUAACCGCGGUAACGCUGGUGUCGGCGGCUGACUUUGGGUCGGGAGGAGGAGGAGUGUUUGGUACGGGGGGUAAAAGGGUAGCAGAGAUGCCUCUAGGAGAGGGAACGCUAACGCCUGGAGAAUCUACCCAGCUCCCCCUGUGGCUAAGAGGACCAGACCAGGAAGGAGUCCAUGAGAUCAACUUCCUGUUCUACUACGAGGGCGCCGAGAAAGGAGGAAAGAUCAGUCACAGGGUGCUGCGUCACACAGUAUUUAUCUGUGCCAGUCGUUCUCUGUCGGUCCGGGCCACCGCCUGCCGUAGUAACACACUGCCCGAGGAGGAGGGGAGGAAUGGCAGCAUGCUGGUCUUUGUUGAUGUGGAGAACAUCAACACAAGUGAGGCUGGGGUGCGUGAGUUCCACAUUGCACAGGUCUCUAGCAGCAGUAAACAGUGGAGACUACACAAGUGUAUAAACCCAGCAGAAAACAAAGACUGCAAACUCACCACCAGAGAGAGGGGCAAGCUGUGCUUCAGAGCAACACGAUGCAAACCCCACGAAGCUACCUCAAAGUCACUAGAGAAGUACACCUUUGCAGACCUGAGCCUUGGAAAUGAACAGAUCAUCAGCUCCACCACUCCGUGUGCAGACUUCUUCUUCCGGAGGUGUCAGCCCUCGGAGUCUUGGAGACCGCUUAUUGCCGUGGAGACACAGGGGAGACAUUCCAGGAGUCAGGGGGCGGGUCCUGGGGGUGGGGCUGAGGAUAUAACAGGUGUGGUCAGGAAGUGCAACGAGGUGGACCUCGACAUUAUCGUCCUCUGGAAGGCAUUUGUUGUUGAAGACAACAAGCAGGUGAUCUUGGAAGGACAGCUUCAUGUGGCACUACAGACCAUUGGCAAAGAGGCCUGCUCCCUCAGACAGAAAGAGGAGGCUCAAGAGAUGGUGCUGCUGAAGUUUAAACCAGAGCUUCCUCCUCCUAUGACACGGCCCUCCAUGGAACAGCUCUCCCACCUCAUCAAGACCAACCUGCACUACCCCGAAAGCCACAGCCACUCCUUCGUACAGAAGAGUCUCUGUAUGGUUCCAGUCAUUUUGACUCUAUCUAACUGCUCCCUGGCUCAAGUUGAUGCCAUCAUUGACCUUCGACACAAAACUACCAGUCCUGAGUCUCUUGAGGUGCACGGUUCAUUUACAUGGCUGGGCCAGACUCAAUACAAGCUGCAGUUGAGGGCACAGGAAGUGAUGCGGCUGCCGCUGAGAGCCGGCUUCCUGCAUGCGGGCGUCUAUAACCUGGGAACUCCACGGGUCUUCGCCAAGCUGGCGGACCAGGGAGCCAUGUGUGAGACCAGCCAGCAGACGGCCACGCCUGCACUAAUCAUCAUUAACAGCACCUGAACAUUGUCCUGCCCCCCAUCAUCAACUAUGAAUUAACCACCAUCUGUCAAUCAUCACUACUAAGACUCCCCAUUUGUUGGCAACAACAGGGUUGAGAGCUCAGAGACCCACCCAGCAAGAAAUAUCUUCCAAAUCCCACAUCACCCGCUCUUUACGAUCAACAAUGCUUGAACACUGGGCUGUCUUCAUUAGGCAUAAACCUGAAGAAAACCGUGAGGGACUAUUUGAAAGGCUAUUUUUCAUUUUCUGUUGCAAAAGGUUUUACUACAGUGUGCCCUAACGAUUAGGAUCCUAAUUCUGCCUGCCCGCCCACCCAACAAUAACAAUGAACAAUUAUCUGCAAAUCACCACUACCAAGGCUCCCCAUUGGUUAAGAAACUGUUGAAAGCUCGGAACCAGCUACCAAGCAGAAAUAUCUUUCCACCAAGUCUCAAAUCAUCCACUCCACUCCCUAAAAAUUUGACCCAUUUUUCCAAACUAGUACACUCAAUACUGGACUAAGGAAAGCAGUUUUGAUGUAAGAUGUAUUUAAAAAUAGAUAUGGAAUUGGGCAUCAAUUGAGCUUGUAACCACUGCGAUGGUCAGACUGUUGUUAAAUAAACCCCCCAGUAGCUAUGUUAUGUCCCAGCAACAAAGCAAAGCAUCAUGGACUUACAUGUGGAAGAAGGAUCUGUUUUCUCUGUGUAUUAUUCCUCUGUCAUCUCAGCUGAUGCACUUUGGUUUUGACCUUUUUUUAUUUGAUGAAAUUGACCUGUGAACGGGGAGGAGAACAGACACGCUGUUGCCAUCUGAGUUUACAACAUCUGUCUCCUACGACACUGGUGUCAUCUGUCUACCGCCAGAGAUGUAUUUUUAUUUUUAGUGUUGAAAAACUAAUCGCAUGUUGUUGAGCAGUUGUCACCGUGGCGACAGAUGUAGUUUACUUCUUGGAUUAACCAGGAUGAGAAAGUAGGAAAAACUGCCACUGCCUCAAUGAGACUGACUAUGACCAGGGUUUUCUGUUGUGUGGUCACAUGGACCAGACCAUCAGCACAUCACAAACAUUUUAGAAUAUGACCCAGCGUUUAACCACUAUACUACAGUAUGUGACUGACAAACAAACUCUGACUGAGAGGUUCUAAUACAGAUACUGCCUGCUCACCUGUCUGUGAGCCUGUAGUCCAUCUGGACCGACCGUGCUGUCAGUCACCACGUGCACACAUUUCGUUUUCUACAAAACAAACAAACAAACAAACGUAUGAACCAGUAAAGUCAACAUGAUCCCUAUACAUCUCCCUCAUUGGACCUCCACCUUGUGCUCAAGCUGUUAUUUAAAUGUAUGUAUUUACUCAAAUGCUUUUCAGAUUAUGUAUUAUAUUUAUAACAAAUUUACUGUAAAUAUAAAUAAAAAUGUAACCAAUGAUGUGGGCUGUGAGAAAGUAA